AUUAAAGAUGAAGAAGAGGAGGAGAAGAUUGGGACAUCUGUUACUCAUGCGGUGGAACAGGACGUUCCGGGAAGGCGCCAGAACUGUGUGGUGGAGACGAUAUAUUUUGUGUCAGUUUCACAUGUAUUACUACAGGUCAAGUCUGAGGUCGGUAACAUCAACAGUGAGGACAAGCCCAGCCUGCCUCUCUCCUUCCACACUGAGUCCAAACCUACAGUCACUGGGUCCUGAUUGUGGCAGUGGAGCCCAGUUUGCACUGGAGGAUGCAGAGAUGACAUCAGUGAAGCUGGAAGACUGCAGUCAAACACUGGAGCUGAAUGUCAACAUUAAAGAUGAAGAAGAGGAGGAGAAGAUUGGGAAAUCUGUUUAUGAUGGCCGACUCAGAUCAAGUCUGAGGCCGGUAACAUCAACAGUGAGGACAAACCCAGCCUGCCUCUCUUCUUCCACACUGAGUCCAAACCUACAGUCACUGGGCCCUGAUUGUGACAGUGGAGCCCAGUUUGCACUGCAGGAUCCAGAGAUGGCAUCAGUGAAGCUGGAAGACUGCAGUCAAACACUGGAGCUGAAUGUCAACAUUAAAGAUGAAGAAGAGGAGGAGAAGAUUGGGGAAUCUGUUUCUCAUGGAGACCAUGUUGAGACAUUCUCUACAUCCAGAGAGCAACAGCCGGAAGAUCACAGAGUUAAGAGGUCUCACCACUGCCCACAUUGUGAGGAGAUUUUCCCAUUUCUAUCAAAGCUUAAAAUACACAUAAAAAUACACACAGGAGAGAAUCCGUAUUCCUGCACUAACUGUGGAAAGAGAUUCACAACAUCACAAUCUCUGACAGUUCAUCAGAGAGUGCACACUGGAGAGAAGCCUUACUCUUGCUCUGUAUGUGGGAAGAGGUUCUCUCAACAGAUCCACUUGCAAACACACCAACAUGUACAUACAGGAGUGAAGCCAUACUCCUGCUCUGAGUGUGGGAAGAGGUUCUCUCAACAGAUCCACUUGCAAACACACCAACAUGUACAUACAGGAGUGAAGCCAUACUCCUGCUCUGACUGUGGGAAGACUUUCUCCCGAUUGGAUACCUUAAAAACACAUGAACGUAUACAUACAGGUGAGAAUCCAUAUUCCUGUACUGACUGUGGGAAGACUUUCUCCCGAUUGGAUACCUUAAAAACACAUGAACGUAUACAUACAGGUGAGAAUCCAUAUUCCUGUACUGACUGCGGGAAGAGCUUCACAACGUCAGGGACACUGAUAAUUCAUCAGAGAGUGCACACUGGAGAGAAGCCUUACUCCUGCUCUGGCUGUGAGAAGAGGUUCUCUCAACAUAUCCACUUACAAAAACACAAACGUCUACAUACAGGAGAGAAGCCUUACUGCUGCUCUGACUGUGGGAAGAGUUUCUCUCAACAGAACCACUUCAGAUCUCACCAGCGAAUACAUACAGGAGAGAAGCCUUACUACUGCUCUGAAUGUGGGAAGAGUUUCAUCCGAUUGGAAAUAUUAAAAUGCCACCAGCGAAUACAUACAGGAGAGAAGCCUUACUGCUGCUCUGACUGUGGGAAGAGUUUCUCACAACUGGGCAACUUAAAAACACACCAAUUUAUACAUAAAGGAGAGAAGCCUUACUCCUGCUCUGACUGUGGUAAGUGCUUCACAACAUCAACUGAUGUAAAAGUUCAUAAAAGAGCCCACACAGGAGAGAAGCCUUACUACUGCUCUGACUGUGGUAAGAGUUUUGCCAGAUUGUAUACCUUAAAAACACAUCAAUGUAUACAUAAAGGGGAGAAGCCUAAUCAGUUCUCUCAGACCAACGUGCCCACCAUUCUUCGGAAUAAAGAAAACGUCAGAACUGUGCUGUCCGUUUAUCGUUAUUACUACAGGCCGACUCAGAUUAAGUCUGAGGCCGGUAACAUCAACAGUGAGGACAAACCCAGCCUGCCCUCUCCUUCCACACUGAGUCCAAACCUACAGUCACUGGGUCCUGAUUGUGACAGUGGAGCCCAGUUUGCACUGCAGGAUCCAGAGAUGGCAUCAGUGAAGCUGGAAGACUGCAGUCAAACACUGGAGCUGAAUGUCAACAUUAAAGAUGAAGAAGAGGAGGAGAAGAUUAGGACAUCUGUUUAUCAUGAUAAAGGAGACCAUGUUGAGACAUUCUCUACACCCAGAGAGAAACAGCAGGAAGAUCGCAGAGCUAAGGGGUCUCACCACUGCCCACAUUGUGAGGAGAUUUUCCCAAUUCUAUCAAAGCUAAAAAUACACCUAAAAAUGCAAAGAGGAGAGAAUCUGUAUUCCUGCACUGACUGUGAGAAGAGCUUCACAACAUCAAGGGCUCUGACAGUUCAUCAGAGAGAGCACACUGGAGAAAAGUCUUACUCCUGCACUGACUGUGGGAAAUGCUUCAAUAGAUCAUCUAAAUUAACCAUUCAUCAGAGAGUGCACACAGGAGAGAAGCCUUACUCCUGCUCGGACUGUGGAUCGAGUUUCUCCCAAUAUGGCCACUUAAAAUCACACCAACGUAUACACACCGGAGAGAAGCCAUACUUCUGCGCUGACUGUGGGAAUAGCUUCACAACAUCGAGGGCUCUGACAAUUCAUCAGAGAGUGCACACUGGAGAGAAGCCUUAUUUCUGCUCUGAUUGUGGAAAGAGUUUCUCCCGAUUGGAUACCUUAAAAAAUCAUCAAUUAAUACAUCAAGGACAGAAGCCGUACUCCUGCUCUGACUGUGGGAAAUGCUUCAUUAAAUCAGCUAAAUUAACCAUUCAUCAGAGAGUGCACACUGGAGAGAAGCCUUACACCUGCUCUGACUGUGGAGAGAGUUUCUCCCGAUUGGAUGCCUUAAAAAGUCACCAACUAAUACAUAAAGGACAGAAACCUUACGUCUGCUCUGACUGUGGGAAGAGUUUCUCUCAACUGGGCAACUUAAAAACCCACCAACGUAUACACUCAGGAGAGAAGCCAUUCUCCUGUUCUGACUGUGGGAAGGGAUUCUCAGUAUCGGGCAACCUAAAAACCCACCAACGUAUACAUAAAGGAGAAAAGCCAUUCUCCUGCUCUGAUUGUGGGAAGAGUUUCUCCAUGUCAGGCAACUUAAAAACCCACCUACGUAUCCAUAAAGGAGAGAAGCCUUACUCCUGUUCUGACUGUGGGAAAUGCUUCAAAACAUCAGCAGAGGUAAAUGUUCAUUGGAGAACACACACAGGAGAGAAGCCUUACCACUGUGACUGUGGGAAAAGUUUCUCCAGGUUGAAUACCUUAAAAACCCACCAACGUAUACACACAGGCGAAAAGCCAUUCUCCUGCUCUGUCUGUGGGAAGAGUUUCUCUGUAUCAUGCAACCUAAAAACCCACCAACGUAUACACACAGGAGAGAAGCCUUACACCUGCUCUGACUGUGGGAAGAGUUUCUCCAUAUCGGGCAACCUAAAAACCCACCAUUGUAUACAUAAAGGAGAGAAGCCUUACUCCUGCUCUGCUCGUGGUAAAUGCUGAGGUAAACGUUCAUCGCAGAACACACAGGAGAGAAGCCUUACCACUGUGACUGUGGACAAGAGUUUCUCCAGAUUGUAUACCUUAUAAACACACCAACAUAUACAUAAAGGAGAGAAGCAUCAUCAGUUCUCUCAGACCAGCGGAGAGUAAAGUCACUCCAUCACUACUUCCUUUAUGAGAUGAGAAUUAAGUAACAGUUCAUUUGAUCAAAAGAGGAAAGCGUAGCACACUUGUUUCUCACUGUGGAAGAGGAGCGUUUUCUACAACAUUAGCCUCUACUUUACUGAUCAGUGUGUUUUGUUUGCUUCUACUGUAGAGAUAUUGAGAUCACCAUGGAUUUGCCCUUAGGAUUGAAUAUCCUCUGAGGUGUGUCUCAUUGAAACAAUAAAGUGUGAGGGUUGACUGGGUGGUACUGCUUUCAUCUAAAGUUUUCUGUGGGAAUGAGUUAGUAGAUACAACAUGUAUCAGAUAGAGAUCAUCACAUCAUCAGUUUUCACCAUACAUUUGGCUGGAUUAUUUCUUGCUACUAAAUUACUAUUUGUUUAAUGAUUCACAGGCUAUUAAAUGACUUCAUAUUUAUUAAGUUGUCUUUUUUUAAAACUACAUUUGUUAUUUUAGUCAUUGAUGAUGAACAUGUUUGGAUAACUGCAUUGAUCUGCCAAUACAUUUUGUACGUGUA